AUGUCCAAGGUAUUUUUCGAUGUUGAAGCUGAUGGUCAACCAUUAGGCAGAGUUGUAUUCAACUUGUACAACGACGUUACUCCAAAGACUGCUGAAAACUUCAGAGCUCUAUGUACUGGUGAAAAGGGUUUCGGUUACGCUGGUUCUCCAUUCCACAGAGUCAUUCCAGACUUCAUGUUGCAAGGUGGUGAUUUCACUGCUGGUAACGGUACUGGUGGUAAGUCUAUCUACGGUGGUAAGUUCCCAGAUGAAAACUUUGUUAAGAAGCACGACAGACCAGGUUUGUUGUCCAUGGCCAAUGCUGGUCCAGGUACCAACGGUUCUCAAUUCUUCAUCACCACUGUCCCAUGUCCAUGGUUAGACGGUAAGCACGUUGUCUUUGGUGAAGUUGCUGAAGGUUUCGAUGUUGUCAAGAAGGUUGAAACUUUGGGUUCUCCAUCUGGUGCCACCAGAGCUAGAAUUGUCGUUGCCAAGUCCGGUCAAUUAUAA